AUACUGUACUACCUUGAAAACAUAAACAAGUGUUCACGCACUGUAGCAUUGACCAUUUGCCGCUCCUCGUGUCUCCAACUUCUCAUUCAUCUGACCGUGAUUUAUAAAAAAAAGUUUUGUUCAUUUCUAUACAUCAGUUUUUUAAAACUUUCAACCAACAACCAUGGAUGACGAGGCUGAAAUCUACAAACUCUGGCGUAUUCGCAAAACUGUAAUGCAGCUUUGCCAUGACAGAGGUUAUCUUGUAACACAGGAUGAAUUGGAUCAAACUCUUGAUCAAUUCAAAGAACAAUUUGGCGAUAAACCAAGUGAAAAAAGGCCAGCACGUAGCGAUUUGAUCGUUUUAGUUGCCCACAAUGAUGAUCCAACCGAUCAGCUGUUUGUUUUCUUCCCAGAUGAUCACAAAAUUGGUAUCAAAGUUAUCAAGACAUACUGUACUAGAAUGCAGGAAGAAAAGAUUCACAGGGCUAUCAUUGUGGUUCAAAGUGGAAUGACUCCAUCGGCUAAACAAUCUCUUGUGGAUAUGGCUCCAAAAUAUAUUCUGGAACAAUUUCUUGAAUCAGAACUGCUUAUCAACAUUACAGAGCAUGAGCUUGUCCCAGAACACAUUGUACUGUCACCAGAUGAAAAAGAAGAACUUUUAAGUCGUUAUAAAUUAAAAGAAAAUCAGCUUAUGAGGAUUCAGCAAAACGAUCCAGUUUCUAGAUACUUUGGACUAAAAAGAGGCCAAGUUGUAAAAAUUAUUCGGCCUUCAGAAACUGCUGGACGAUACAUCUCUUAUAGACUUGUGUGUUAAGUGGAUUUUUUUGAACAAUUAAUUAUAUGCUUAGAAUAAGGUUGUGAAUGUGAUUAAUAUAAUACAACUUGUAAAUAUCAAAAAUGCUGUAUUUUUUUUAUUAUUAAUCACAUCUAAUUGGUAAUAAUUUUAUAUAAGAAUGUAUUUGUCAGUCAGGCUUAAAAUUAUUUUCAGACAACUUUUACUUCUAUAAAUCAAAAUCAAUACUUGAUACAUUCAAUCUUACUAACUCAUAUUUAAAUUUUUAUUUGCUACAGUGUAAAACUUCAUCAUUAAUAUAACAACCUUUCGAAUUAUUCUUCAGUUUUGACAAAAUCCAUUCAUAAAAAUUUAUAAUUAUAAAAUCUAAGUAAAGAGGGUUUCACUAAUAAAACAAGUACAUAUUCAGAUAUUCAA